AUGGAAGUAUCUCUGCCUGCUCAUGGCGCCUCACCAGGCCAAGUUCACCCGGCCUCGGGCAGCGGUCCACCCCGGUCCCAUAACAACACAGGACAGCGCGUUGUGUACGCUGUUGGCGCGCAUCCAGGUCACCAGACUCAUCACAUUCGUUCUCUACCCCUUCCAAUUCCGGUGGCAAGGUCGUCCGCUGAGGCCAUGGCAGCCUGCUCCAGUCACUGUCCGCGUAUUCUUGUCUCUGCUGCCCAGCAGGUUCUUCUUAUCACCCACGCCAUUGCACUGAUGCUCAUUGGGCGUGAGGUGUACAUACACUCUCAAAUCGGGGACUUCGGAUCACGCAGUAGCGAUGUACUGCGCCUUCCACCUGUUGCGCUAUCUGCCCGUUUUCACAGCCCAGUUGAUAGUGGAGAACCCCUUGUUGUGAAGGGAGAUAUGUUGGUAUCUAUGGCUGAGCUGUCCGGACAACCAGCAGGGAAAGACAGCGCUUCUCCGGGGCAAGAGUAUUUGUCAGCGCUGUCAGUUGUCUCUGGGCUGAUUUUCUUGGGGGGAUGUCUGAGUUGCCUGAUCCUCCUGUUUUCACCGGUUACAUCUCUGCCGUAUAUCCGAUUGUGCAUGAUUCACCGAAAUAACCGCGUCUUGGUUGCAGAUGGGGACUGGCAAACUCCCUCACUUUUGACAGAAAUUGUCCCAGAGAUCGUCAUGGCAAUUCUGGGUGCAUUUGUUCUCGGAGGCUUCGUCUUGUCGGAACAACAAAUCUGCAAGUAUCUGGCAGAACACAUCUCUCUCAUGUUGUCGCUCCAUCCGCCCACAGUUGACCUGGCCAACAGCAACGCUGGCUUUUUUUCCUUCUCCUCUCAUAUGCCAGCUCCCAAGAUGGCUUCUGUGGGCCCAUUCAUGUCUCUUUUGGCUGCUGCUUCCCUCGGCGGUUUGGCAUACGGCCUGCUGUUGCCGUACUUCUCUUCAACGAUGAUUGCCACCGUCUCCUUUUUCACCCUGUGUUUUGCUGUCUCCGUUCCGUUCUUCCCUUUUCCGUCAAGUAUCGACGCCUUCCCCUCACUGCCGCCAUCGCUCAUCUACUUUUUGCCUCCAUGCUUCCUCCCAUGUGUCACCCUCGGAGCCUUCUUUGUUGCCUGCUGCUGCAUAAAACACUUCCGAAAAUACCGCACUAUCAUGUGCGCAGAGGAACGCUGUCUUAGCUGUCUUCGGAUCGCGGUGACGGUCUGCCUUUUCUCGUUUUCCGCGGUGGGGAGCCUUUCUUUCUUCGCGUCCCUGUCCCGCCUCCCGUCCGCUCCAGUCAGUUCCUGGUUCCGGACAUGUCACGAGCUCCUCAAGCGAGUGCAGCCCGUCGUUCCUCGAGUGUCGACUUGCUGCGGAUCCAUUUGCGCUCUCCUCCUCCUCCUUUCCAUUCUGCACAUGCUUCUCGAGUACUUUUCGAUUCGAAACAACGCUGUAGGGGUCCGUCUCCAGGGCGCGUUUUUCUCUCUCUUCAAUCUUCCGGCUUUUGUCCCAACUGACGCUGCCGGAAACCCCGAGUUGCGUGCAGUCCCGGGGCUCUCUCAAUGUGUCCCCUCUGCCGAUGGGCAAGCGCGGCAGCCUGGAGGCGCCACCGCGCCUCUUCUGCUUCUUCCGGGCACUCCUAUGCCCCAGGACUUCCGUCCCUCGUUUUCAUCUUCGGGGCUCCGAAGCCCGAAGCCUCGGGGUUCUGGCGGCGGGACCCAGCUUGUUCCGAGCGUCAUGCGGGGCGUCGGCAGCCACCGUCAUGGCGAGCGCCCACAGGCUGAUGAGGGGAGUACGCGGAGCCUCAUGGUGGUGCGCUCUGGCGCCGGUGUCGCCCCGGAAGGCAGCGUUCACUGCGUCUGA